AUAAGUAAUCUGUAAAUGGUGAUAAUUGAUAAGAGUUCAUGUUUUAGAAUUGUUAUUCUUUUUUCGCGUAGAAUAGAACGUUCUAGUUAUUAAUUGUGUUCAUUGAGAACAAUGCUUCGUAAUUUCCUUGUCCCGGUUGUAUUUUUGGCUGUACUAUCAGCUUCUCUUGCGAAUACGUCGACCGGUUCGGUAGAGUUAGACGAAAUUUCGUUUAAUAAAGUAAUAAACAAAUUUGAAGCUUCUCUAGUAAAAUUCGACGUUGCAUUUCCAUACGGAGAUAAACACGAUGCUUUUGUUGCACUCGCGAAGGACUCUAAAGACGUGGAUGAACUUUUGAUAGCUGAAGUCGGCGUGAAGGAUUACGGUGAAAAAGAUAACGAGGUAUUGGCAAAGAAGUACGGAGCUACCAAAGAUAAUUUUCCUGUAGUGAGACUCUUCCUCAAAGGUAAAAACGAACCAAUACCAUUUGAUGACUCCCAAGGUUUCACCACUGAUGAACUUCGACGAUUUGUUCGCGAAAACACCGGCUUGUAUCUAAGUUUACCGGGCUGCGUGAGAAGCUUAGACAAACUAGCUAUUAAAUUUAUGAAAGCAAAAGGAGAGAACAGAAGAAAAGUGUUAAAAGAAACAGAAGAGCUGCAGAAAGAGUUUUCCGAAAAGGAAGCUAAGUCUGCAAAAAUCUACAAGACCAUUAUGGAGAAAAUAAUUGAAAAAGGCGAUCAGUUUAUCAAUACAGAACAUGAGAGAGUCAAGAAAAUUCUCAGUGGCAAAGUUUCUGAUGAGAAGAAAAAAGAAAUAGGCAUCCGAAUUAAUAUCUUACAAACAUUCCACUUAUAUGACAAACAACCAAACAUACCCACAAAAGAAGACCUGUGAUAAGCUAUGCUCAUACUGAAUUUACUAUUAUUACUUUAGAAAUAAUAUUUACUUUACACUCCAGUUAUGAUAAGUCAUUCCUAAGAUUUUAAUCAAAAUCUGAUAAUUUUUAUAAAUCAUAAAUUUUACGUUAUUUAAGUGAUUGAACAAUAGAGAUAUUUUCAAAGGCUCCAAAAUUUCCAUUUACAGAGAGAUGGCACACAAGAAAAAAAUUUUUUAUGUCAUGUAAUACUUAACUAACAUAAGCAUAAAACAAUAUAUAUAAAUCCAGUUAUUGUAUUAAUUUUGUGAAAUUGAAUGUCACAUAGAUAUUUCAAAUUAGAAUUUUAAUGAAAAUUCAAUAGUUACCUAACAGUAGCAAUGUGUGGAAACCAUUUUUAUGAGGCAGUAAAUUUUUCAAUGUAAAAUCAGAAUAUUUGUUUUAGGAUUUUUCGUGUUUUAAACAGAGCACUUAUGUUUUUUUUAAAAGGCACAAGAGAGUGAUAUAGUGUGGUGUGAAAUAAAAUAUGUUAUUUGUUUGUUUAAGAAAUGCACAAAUGAGUGAUAUUGUGUGGUUUUAAAUAAAUGUUUUUAAAACAUU